AUGUCUUCAUCUUUUACAAGCGGCGUGGCUCAUGCCGGGAAGAGCUUGACCAACUAUGCAUCCUACGUGCCAGAAGGAAGCAGACAGCCGCGGAUUGGACAUCUGGAUCUGGAAUCCAAUACCAUUACACCUCUUUCCUACCUUUCUGGGACACCAAUACGGAGCCUUUACGAAGUGAUUGAAGCAGGCGAGGGUGCUUUUGUCCAAGCCGGAGAACCUUUUCCACGAAGCAAGGCGAGGUUGUUACCCCCGAUCUAUGGCCGCGAUAUUCUUGCUGUUGGGAAGAACUAUGCGGCCCACGCCAAAGAAUUCAACGCUUCGGGCUAUGACAGCUCCGACAAGGUCGACAUGCCCACCCAUCCUGUUAUUUUCACUAAACGGUGGACUUCUGCAAUUGCCGACGGGGAUGAAAUCUAUCCCCAUCCGGGAUUCACCGAGUCGGUGGACUAUGAAGGAGAAAUCGGCGUCAUUGUGGGCAAGUCUGGAUUUAGGAUCAACACAAAGGAUGCCCUGGACCAUGUCUGGGGGUUCACCAUCAUCAACGAUGUGACAGCGCGCGAACGACAGCGAGACCACAAGCAGUUCUACAUUGGAAAGUCCCCUGAUACUUUCGCCCCGAUAGGCCCGAUAGCCGUUCCAAAGGAACAUCUUCCAAAGGAGCUCACUGUUACAACGACCGUGAAUGGAGAAAAGCGACAGGAAGGUACAACUAACGACCUGAUCUUCAGCAUACCGACUUUGGUCGAGACACUAUCCGCGGCACAGACACUACAGCCUGGAGAUGUUUUGGCCACCGGGACGCCCGCCGGCGUUGGGUUUCGCUUCGACCCCAAGGUGUGGCUGCAUCCUGGAGACGUGGUCAAGAUAUCAGUGACAGGCCUGGGGACAUUGACCAACCGCAUUGCAAGCCCGGAGUCGAGAAAUACGAUCCUCAAUCAUAUUGUAUCCUCCGCGGUACCCGUCGCAAAUGACCGGACGAUCGAGGGUCGUGGCCUGACCUCUGUUGGUUCGAAGCACCUCUUCUACCAGCGAAAAGGCGGUGACGGUGCUGGGCGGCCAAUCUUCUUCAUCCACGGUCUGGGCGGCACUUCGGAUUAUUUUGGACCCGUGAUGACAAGGCUGGGAAACUCUUGGACAUAUCAUCUUUCCGAUCUCGAGGGUCAUGGCCUAUCACCGACAUCCGCAACGAGCAAGCUGAGCAUCGCGUCCUUUGCUUCAGAUGCAUAUCAACUCUGCUCUCAGGCUGGAAUCAACGCCGAGUCAGGAUUGACCGUGGUGGCACAUUCGAUGGGCUGUCUGGUCGCGAUGAAACUGGCGUUGGAUCAUCCGGAUUUGGUCAAGACACUCAUCCUGCAAGGGCCUGGGCCCUCACCGCUCCCCGAAGCCGCCAGCAAAGCCACAUAUGCCAGGGCCGCCCUUGCUCGUGAAAAGGGCAUGCUCGGAGUUGUGGAUGCUGUGGUUGGUGCAGGGACAUCUGAUUACAGCAAGGCACAUAAUCCUCUGGCGAUUGCCGCUGCUCGAAUAUCCCUGCUGGGACAGGACCCCGAAGGAUAUGCGAAGGCAUGCAUAGCACUGGCAGACUCAGUCACGGAUACAUUGGACAUCGCAGCACUGAAAGCAAGAGUGCUGAUUAUCACAGGAGACGAGGACAAAGUCUCCCCGCCGGAGAUGUGCAAGAAGAUGAAAGAAAAAAUCCCCAACUGUGAGGGUGUCGUUGUGCUGUCGCAUGUCGCGCAUUGGCACCUGUUUGAAGCGCCCGAGAGUGUCUGCUCGGCUGUCAGCGACUUCCUGGGUAAGCAGUAG